GUGUGGGAUCGGAGCAGUGGUGGCUCUGUGGGGUACCCUGAUGGUGGUUGUGGGGCCUCAGAAAGACUGGAUACGAUAUAACUUUGAGUCACCAGUCCACUUAGUACAAGAGAUGGACGGCACCAGAAUCAUCGGCAAUUACCAGCACGAGUUCCUCCACAAAGUACCGGAGGUGACAGAGCACAUAUUUAAGAUAGGAUCUAUGGAGCCGGGGGCAAUGUUGUAUGAAGCAUCUCGAGAAUUUCAUAAAGGAUCCCAGAAAGCAGAUGAGUACAUCCGUAUGAUCAAAGACAAGCUGGAAGUCGCUGUAAACCAGUGUAUAGAAGCCGCAGGGUUUGAGAUAGAAACUGACAAACAAAAAGCUUUACUACGGGCGGCAACAUUUGGGAAGUGUUUUCUCACCGACUACAGCCCCGAGACGUUUGUCAAUAUGUGUCAGAUGUUACGUGUCAUCAACCAAGUCCGCCAUCACAAGAUCGGAAUCCCCAUUACCUACACUCAAUUGGAGCAUCUCUCUAUGGCUGUAAUGAUUGAUAGGUUAGUUCUCAGGAAGAUGUUUCACCUCGCCAUCAAAAUAUGUCAGUAUCUCAAGAUCCCGGACCAGGAGGGAGCUAGUCGAAUUCUGGCUCAUUGGGCCUGUUACAAGGUAAAACAGAAGAAUGAAGAUGAUGAGACAAUAGCUCGAGCCAUCGCUCAGAAACUUGGUGAUACCCCUGGUGUGUCGUACUGUGAUAUCGCUAGUCAAGCUCUGGAAUGUGGCCGAACAGACUUGGCCAUUAGGUUGUUGGACUUUGAGCCCCGAGCAGCCCAACAGGUUCCCCUCCUUAUGAAGAUGAGCAAAGACCAGCUGGCUUUAUCUAAGGCCAUAGAGAGUGGGGACACUGACCUUGUUUACACAGUGCUUCUGAAGCUCAAGAAUGAUAUGAAAGAUGGAGAUUUCUUCAUGGCCAUCAGAAACAUGCCCAUAGCCUAUUCUCUCUUUAUACAGUAUUGUCGCCACCAAAAUCCACAGAUGAUGGAGGAUCUAUAUUAUCAGGAGGACAACUUCCUGGAGGAGGCCAACUGUAAGGUGGUCAAGAGUUUUGAUGAUGAAAGACUGGAUGACAGAUGUGAAACAUUAAAACAAGCCAUGAACUGCUACGCUAGAGCUAAGAACGAAUUUGCUGUCAAGCAAACAGAUGAGCAGAUGAAGUUACUGAGGUACCAGCGACGGAUGGAGGAGGAGUUUAACCGUCCUUAUAUGGACCUGUCUCUACACCAGACCAUAUAUAGACUUAUUGUGGAGAACAGUCACAAACCUGCUGAACAGCUACGCAAGGAAUUCAAGGUCCCAGAGAGGAGGUAAAGUUUAAAACAGCGUGUA